GGAGGACUGAACUCCGCGCUGGGAGAAACCUCGGGGUGAAAGAGCCAGAGACCAAGGAUCCAAACGCGCCAUGCUCUUCGGUUGGGGCGACGGCUCCUACGGGCAGCUGGGCUCGGGCGAGGAAGGGGCUUCCCAGCCGGUUCCUCUCCGUUGCAAUCCGCCAGCGGUUGGCGGGCAAGAAGUGGCCCUGGUGGCUUGCGGGGAGCGGCACACGCUGCUGCUCCUGGCCGACGGGAGCAACCAAUCCAAGCCUUGGAAGCCCAGACUAUCAUCUAUGUAAGCUGUGGAAAGGAGCAUUCGUUGGCCAUCAGCAGCCAAGGGAAGGUAUUUUCAUGGGGAGCUGGUGGUUUUGGACAGCUUGGCACUGGGACGCUAAAGGAUUCUUCAACUCCUGAGAAAAUAGAUUCUUUAUCUAUGUACAAUGUUAUACAAGUUGCUUGUGGACACUAUCACUCCAUAGCACUUACCAAAGAUGGCCGAAUAUUUUCCUGGGGACAGAACAGCCAUGGUCAGCUGGGUCUUGGUAAAAAAAUUCCAUCCCAGUCUAAACCGUGUAACAUUUCCUCUCUUGCUGGCAUCCCCUUGGCUCAGGUGGCUGCUGGUGGGGCACACAGCUUUGUCUUGUCUCAUUCUGGAGUAGCCUAUGGCUGGGGAAGGAACAAUGCACAUCAAUUGGGUUUAAAUCAGAAAACUUCAAAAGAACAGAUCUUCAAACCUUACUCAGUAGGUGCCCUGAGAAACCUUGAAGUGACUUAUAUUAGCUGCGGAGAUGAACAUACAGCUGUUCUCACCAAGAGUGGCAGUGUUUUCACCUUUGGAGAUGACAAUGCUGGACAACUAGGACACAACUCUUCAAAGACUGGUCCUCAGAAAAUCGAUGAGAUCGAUGAUCGAGUUUCCCACAUUUCCUGUGGAAGUUAUCACACUCUUUGUGUCUCUGCGUCUGGGCUGUUGUGGUCUUUUGGACGUGGUCCCCUGCAGGAUAAGGAAAGUUCGGCAUCGGAGAGCAGACAGGAAGAAAGAAACUGUGUUGAUCUCAAUGCUCUUCUGGCCCCUAAUGAAUUGUUGGGAGUCCAAGUUUUUGCUGGAGCAUAUGUCAACUUUGUCAAUAUAUUUCAGGCUUCUGCGUCUGCUAAUGCAGCCACCUCUUUGGAAGUCUUGCCUAGGAUCAGUCAGCUGGACAGAGGAUUGAUUGAGAAAUGGAAGUCAGCAGAAAUAGGAAGUGAAGCACAGCAGAAUGCUAUAAGAGAGAUAAAAGAAAUUUUUUCCUCACCUUCUUGCUUAACAGCAAGCUUUUUACAAACAAGAUCUGAUGUGUCAAUGGACUGUUAUAUCCCAGUGAAUCUUCAAGAAGCAAGAGAAGUUUUGAAGGAACUUGCUACGACAGAUUGGAUUGCUCAGCAG